GCAAACAGAAGCACCAGAUCUACUCACGUCGUGUGUGGUCUCGUUGGGUCGACUCAUAUGCUCGUACUCACUGAGUCUCCACUCGAUACACGGCCUACGCCUCCUCUGUUUGGCCCUUUUCCCUCGCCGGUCAUAGUAAAGGUCGCAAGACAAGUCCCCUCUCCGCCGAAACGCCUCGUCUCUCCACCAACUCCAAAUCUCGAACCUUUGGACGAGAAUCUUCACCGAGGGUUUAAAUCCGAGAGAUCUCUUGAUAGGAACAUUCAUAUAGUUGUUGUGGGCGUACUCAGCUUAGGGUUUGUUGAGAGCCACGAGUUCCGCUACGGUAAUAGUGGAACACAGUUUCUCAGCCUGUUCCCAGCUCUCGUCCCAUCUUGGAAUAGCGUCAAGAGUAUCUAUUCACCUCCGCCACGCCAUCUCUCCCCUCCUACGACUCACCUCUGUUUUGCAUUCCCCUUCAACUACCGCAGCUCCUCCACCGUCAGAUUCACUCCUUCAUUGCGCUCAUCAUCGCCGUAUCAACUCUUGGUCCCUAACCCCCACAAAUCUCUUGAUAUGAGUUUUCAAAGUGUUGCAAUGGAAUUGCGGUUUAGUUCAGGUCUCGAUGAGAGCCAUGGAUCCCGGUACGGUAAUAUCGGAGUUCACCUUCUCAUCUGGAUCUCAGUGCGCAGUCCCUCAUGUUUGAUCGUCAAGAGCAUCGCCUCACAUCGGCCGCGUCCCCUUGUCACUCCUAUCCCCUCCGCGAGCCGCUGGUACUCAACCGACACAUGCUUUGGUUUGAACCAAAACUAUCUAAGGAGCUUAAACGUGCUGAUUAUUAUAUACUUGAGCCAUCAAUCCUCCUCCGAAGCAUCAUGUCUGUCCAUGGUCCGCCGCGCCUCAGUGCAAAGGGUUCACCUAGCCCAAAGCCGUGAUGUCGAACUAAAAUUGCCAUUAUUCGUACAUUCAUCACAGGUCAGUAGAGUUAGCUUUAGCUCUGAAUUUGUCACUGGCACUUUUCGGGUUCAAGAUCCAGCCUAUUUGUUUGUCAGCUCCAAAUCCAGGACCUUGUUACUCUCCGUUUCUGAUGAGAUUCAUGUAGUCUCUUCGGGGAACAUCGAGGUUGGAGUAAGAGCUGUUCAUGCUCGUUCCACCUCCUUCCAAACUUGGCAGUUUGGUCUAAUCAACGUCGCGUGCGACUAUUUCAUGCUCGUGGUAGUAGCCUAUUCAGGGACACAUAUGUUGCUUCCCACGGUUCUCCAUUUAUCGAGCAAGACUCUCCUGUUAGCUUUGUUAUCCCUUGGUUUAGUGUUUGUGUUUUAUGAUGUUCUUUAAACCGUCGAGGACCCCUCCGGUUAUUAUCUUGUUACCGUUGAGCAGAGCUCCGGAUGUAAUCGCUUAAACUCGUUUUAGAUUUAAUAUAAUCGUUUGUGUGACAAAAAAAAAAAAAAAAACGAUCUCCAACAUAUCUUUAAAAUUGAAGAAUCUAUUAUAUAUUGAGGUGAAUUUGUGCUCUAGUGCUUUGGAUCAAUUAAUUUUUAGAAAGAAAAAUGAAUCAACUCUAUUGCCUUUUCCUGUUCAAAUUGACCAGUUAUACAUAUAAGACACAAAAAGUUUAAAGAUAGUGGAAAUUCACCGACAUUAUUGAAAAUAUGGGUACACACUGAUGUAUCUUUCUUGAUGUAUGAAACAAACGGGAAGAUAACAAUUAAUGAUUACUUGAUGCGAUCUUUAUAUCUUGCUUUUGACUUUAAUAUCUUAUAUCUUCGUUAAAUUGUGUACUCGAGUCAAGUAGCAGAGUCAACUCACUUCAGUAACAUCAAUGUACAAUUUUCUAUUAUAAAUAAAAAAUUGAAGACUAUGUAUGAAUUCGCUUCGAGAAGUCAUUAGGUCUAAAGCGUAAAAAUAAGAGAGCACGAAUUGAGGUGAAUAUUUGAUGUCUAAGACUUUUGUUACAUUUAUCGAUUGUGUGAUUGAAUCAAUACUAUUAAAACCAAAGGGCCUUUUUUGAGGUACCCUUUAAGUUGACAAGUAUUUACUAUUCCUUGCCACUGAGAUAUAUUUAAUAUAUGCUUUUAAUUUAAUUCAAUAUUUCCAUGGUAUCCUUUUUUUUUAAUAAACAAUAUGUUGCAUUUUUUCUCUUUUGCCGUUCAACUUCCUCUUUUUAGUCGAUAUUAUUUCUCUGUACAUAAAAAACAAUAGCUAUAAUUUCAAUUAACGUAACCAAUCAUUAACCAUUUGUUUUUUCAUUGCUUAUAGAGUAGAUGGCUGUAUGCAGGUUUUAUGUAUCAAAACUUACAGCAUCAUGGUCAAAUAACAUUUUGGAUUCAACGUUUCAAGGUUUCCAAAUUGACAAGUAAUAUAUAUUGUAGCUAAAGCCUGAUAUAAUGUAUUUUGUCAGUAUUCAUAAUUAUGAAACCGUAACGUAUAUGAUCAUAACUUAUUAAGCCCUAAUUCACAAACCCUAAACCCCAAAUAUUAAUGUUCUUAUUUUUAUUUUUUACCUCUCAUCUAUUGAAAAACCCACAAAAUUACAAUUAUGGAUAAUUAUUAACUUAAAGCCAGCGUGUUUAUAAAAAGUAUAUAUUCAAAUUUAAUACUAUGCCAAAUUCGUUUAUAACUAUUCAAAAUACUGUUCCAGUUAUUAUUAUAGUACAAUCUUUUUCAAAUCAUUAACAAACAAUAGAAACUAGAAAAUUAAAAGUCGUUACAUAAAAAACUAAUAUACUAGAGCAGAAAAGUAGGAGCCAAUCCUUAUAUUUACCAAUCUUCCACAAAUACAUUUUGUCAAAUAGAAACGAAAUAAAUCAGAAGUUUCUAACAAACAUCGAAUAUGCUGAUAUAGAAAAUCUUAAUUUCCAUAGCUUAACUAAUUUGAUACUCAAGAUAUGUAAUAUUCACAAAAUAUUCUCUAACUGUAUAGAAUGGGAAUAUGCUAAACUAUCGGCCUUGACCAAUCUAAACAUCAAAGCAAUCACGUUCUUUUCAACGAAUAAUAGCUAUAAUGUCUACCAAGCAAAAGAUACCGUACCUUGAUGAGGUUAGUCCAUAGAAAUAGACAUGGUUGAUCCAAAUCAAAGUGCUACACACCUGGAAACCAUCCAAUGCUGUUUUUUUCUGUAUGUUUUGUUUUCAUGAAAUCGUGUAAGUUAACAUGUAUGUUAUUCUUAUAAUUUCUCUGGUUUUGUUUUUCUUCUUCACGUUAUAUAAAACUAGCUAUAUAUGUAUCAAGAAAAAAAGACAAAAUGUAAAAUUUGAUCUACCUUAACGAAUCUGUUGAAGUGCUUUUAUGUUAGAUCUCCAUUUUUUUUGCAGGUAAGCCAUCAAAUCAGACGAUUUCACGAGGAUCUACUUUUGAAUGUUUCAGAUCACUUCGAUUUCUUUUGAUUCAUAACAUCAAAGCCAUCUGACAAAUCAAUAAAUUGUUUCAGAAAUAUGUAUAGCUUCAACUAUCUAUGAAGGAUGAAGAAUGAAGAUCAAAAUAUUUACCGGGGAAGAGUUUCGCCGAAGAAAAUCAAGAUUAACAAAAUAUACCUUUCCCAAUCGCCAUUUGAGAUAUUUGUUUUUUGUUUUUUAGACAGAAAUAUUGUCUGAAAUUAGAAACAAAAUUGUAUGUGCGGUUGCUUUGUUUCUAACGUUGGGUUUGGAAAACUAUGUAUUUAGAGUUCUUACGGGCUUUGCAUAAAAAUUGUUGAUUAAAAUUAUAUCUCAUUUACUAUUUUUAUUGACCAUGAAAAUCUAACACAUUAAAAUCUUACCCAUUAAAUUUAGCACAGUUACAAUUACAUAGCAAAUU